UUCUCCAGUAGUAUGACUACAUCUCUUUAUUGGCCGAGACAAGUGCAUGGCUGCAUGCAUAUAUAAUCCCCCGCCCCCCCUUUCCUCUCCAUGUGAGGUGGUACAGCAGUUACAAUGCUGAAGUUAUGUUUGUUUGUCAGAAGUAUGUUAAAUUUUGUUUCUGAUAGAGCUUUUUCCUCAUAUUCACCUCAAAUCCCUCCAAAUACUGUGAAGUAUCCUACAGUUAAGUUCAAAACUGAUUGUUUCCCUCUACUUGUAUUUUAUUUUUAGUGACCUUGUAAAAGUGUUUCUUAAAUCCUAAUGUGAGAAGAAACACACUGUGAAACGUUUGAUUUGUCACAGUGCAGCUGUGUAAACAGCAGCCAAAGUGAGGAAACUAGCCUUGAAAUAUUUUGCUGCUAUAUGAUGCAACUGAACUGAUAUCCCAGUCUACUGUAGUAUUGUUAAUUUUAUGCACCCUGCUACUAUGCCCCGUCAACAGAUGGGUUCACACCGUGCUCAUAAUGCGAGAAUAAAACGGAAAGGCACAUGGUUUUCCCUUCUUUUGGGGUUUGUUACCUGUGUGUGUGGAAUAUCUCUACUUUUGUGGAAUGAGGAGAAAGCAAUAUCUUUCACUCAGUCUUUUGAGGAGGCUGUUAAGGAAGCUAUCUCCAUUCACCCAGGAUCAAAAAUCAAUCCUGAUAACGAUGGUCAUCUUGUCCACAUCACUGGUCCAUUGGAAAUCAGUGAACCAUUAACGGAAGUAGAGUAUGGCAUUUCAGUUCCCGCUGUAAAACUGAAGAGACGAGUCCAGAUGUAUCAGUGGGUUGAAGAACAUGUGCAAAGUGAUGCUCCAGCUGCAGAUAACACUGCUGCUCCACAAUUUAAUUAUGUAAAUGAUUGGAGAGAUAAGCUCAUAGAUAGCACCAAGUUCCGUGUGAAAUCAGGACACCAGAAUCCUAAGGUUUUUCCUUUUAAAAGUACUGUGUAUGUUAGCGAACAAGUGAGCGUUGGACCAUUCUACUUAAGUGCAGAACUGAAAGACAAAUUCAAUGAUUUUGUAUUAAUAACAAGUGAUGAAAGACCUGAACGUAGAGACAUAAGAAUGCACUUGGGUCUGUAUUAUCACACUCAAGAUGUCUGGAGCCCAGAAGUAGGUGACGUGAGGGUUCAAUUUUCAUAUGCAGGGAAAGCUGGUGAUGUGGUGAGCAUUAUUGGAAAGCAGAAUGGUAACAAGAUUGAGCCAUAUAAAGCUCCAAAUGGCAAUGAAAUUUUGAUUCUCCACCAUGGUAUACUCACUGUGGAGGAAACACUUCAGAGGGAACAUUCUCCAAACAUAUGGCUUAUAUGGUUGUGCCGUAUUGCUGGAUGGCUUCUACUUUUCCAGGGUUCAUCAUAUCUGAAUGGAUUACUGCGAUUUGUCUUUUGGAAGCCGACAAAUGGUGCACUUUCUCUGUCAGCUACUUUGUUGGUGGUAGCUGUGGCUUGGUUCCAAUAUCGCCCACUAUUUUCAGCAACAAUGGCUAUUGGCGCAACAUUACCAUUAUUGUGGUCUGGGUUGCGCACAUCACCGUAAGAUAUGUCUCUGAGAACUCUGUUUAAAAGAAGGAACUUCACAAGCAACUAUCAUUCAAGAUUAGUAAAAACACUCAAUAUACUACUGUAGCAAACAUAAUCGUAUAAUAAACAAAAUAUGCAUUAUAUAAUGAUGUAACUAAUCUAUACUGCUCUUUAUAAUUUUAUAAAGAAUAAAGUAGUUUCUCUCUCAGUAGU